GCGGAAGGAUUGAGCUCCCUGUUGCGAACGAUGACGGCCAGGCCUCCGCCAGCGCGGCCGCACGUUGCACUCAAUCCAUCUUUUAAUGUUCGAAACACUGCUGAUUGGGCGGAGGACGAUGCCUGGGACUCUGGGUCCGAUGCUGAAUCUCCUCGCCAGUCUACCCUCUCACGUUCAUGGAGAUUGUCCCCUGCGACCUCAAAACGCACACCAUCUUCCCCUAUAGCAGCACCAAAGCCCGUUCCCAGAAUGUCAAGCAAUUCUUCUUCAUCUGGUCUUGCAUCUUCCUACACCCACCUUAACCCCCCCAGUCCUAGUUCUUAUCCUCCAAGGUCAGAGAGCACCCAAUCUCCAAAAAAUGGGCUCGGAUGGACUAUCGUCAGAAAGACCAGUGAUCCUCGAGAACAUGUGAAUAUUAGAGAUCAGUCUAAAGACGAAGAUGCACAUGGUGACGUUGACCUGGAUGGAGAUAUGGUGGUUGGUGAUCUUGAGCCGGAUGUCGUGGAGCAAGAACCAGGAAGGAAAUCUAGGUCUGACUCGGAACGAGGGUCUAUCAAGUGCGACGCUGGUGACAUCGUGAACGAUCCAUUCCACGGGUUGCGUCACUCGUCGCCUCAAUUUCCCAAUACGCACCUCAGCGCGAAGGGAAACCAGUCGCCUCAAGGAAUCGAAAAAUCAGAGAAGAUGAUGCGGGAGCAUUCCAUCCGCUCGAGUAGACGAGUCAAAUUUGUUGAGUGCUUGAGCAAAGAGGAUGUCAACAUUGCCGAUUUGCGAAAGCUUGCCUGGGCAGGUGUUCCUAAUGAACUACGUCCCAUAGUCUGGCAGCUACUCCUUGGGUAUCUUCCUCUCCCUUCUCCUUUACGUUCUACGACGCUUUCCCGAAAACGAGGAGAGUAUCUUGACCUUGUCGAACGUGCAUUACCUCGCGACAGACAAGGUCUUGAUCAGCAGAUAUGGCAUCAGAUCGAGAUAGAUGUGCCCCGGACCAGGCCAGGUGUACGGCUUUGGAUGCAGGCGUCCACUCAACGUAGCCUUGAAAGAAUACUCUACGUUUGGGCUAUACGACAUCCGGCGAGUGGGUAUGUUCAAGGAAUCAACGAUCUGGUGACACCAUUUUUUCAAGUGUUCCUUUCAGCAUAUAUAGACUCGGAUCCUGAACAAUUCGACACCUCUCUACUACCCUCACAUGUUCUCAAUGCCGUCGAAGCAGAUUCGUUUUGGUGUCUUUCUCGACUUCUUGAUGGCAUACAAGACAACUAUAUCUCCGCACAACCAGGUAUCCAGCGCAGUGUAAAGCGAAUGGCCGAACUUGUGGCGCGGAUAGAUGCCCCGCUUUUUGCCCAUCUCGAAGCCCAGAGUGUGGAGUUUAUGCAAUUUGCGUUCCGAUGGAUGAACUGCCUCUUGAUGCGCGAGAUUAGUGUUCAAAAUACCAUUCGCAUGUGGGACACAUACCUGGCUGAGGGCCCAGACGCCUUCUCACAGUUUCAUUUAUAUGUUUGCUCUGCUUUCCUUGUAAAAUGGAGCAAGAAGUUGCGCGAAAUGGACUUUCAGGGCAUAAUAAUGUUCCUUCAGUCUCUUCCUACUCAAGAUUGGGGGGAUCAUGAGAUAGAAAUGCUCCUCAGCGAAGCAUUCGUACUUAAUUCCAUAUGGCAAAAUGCACAGAGCCACUUCAACGCUUAAGGAACACAUGGCACUCAAGCCGUGGCAAUAUGUAAUGUAGGACCAUAAGAGAAGUCAGCUAAAAUCAUGCUAUGUAAAAUGUUAUGAAAGUUAGAAAGUGUAAUGUUAAUAUCUGGUCUGCGACCAGGCAGUACUAUCCUUUUCGAGGAGCAUCCCUGUGAAAAGACGAAGAGUGUAGGUCCUUUCCAGAAAGGUGGUAGUAUGUGAGACUACUGAGCAUGUCCUUCGGCCUGUGCAAUCUCUCGGUCUAAAGCAUUCUUCAGUUCUGACGCUUGUUCUUCGGUCUUCAUGCGAAGCUUAAAGAGUCUGGAAAUGCCUUCGUCAUGGCCCAUAAAUGAGACGAAUUUCGUAGCCGCUGUCGGAGC